AAAAAAGAAAAGAAAAAGUGAGUAGUCUAGGAAACUCUAGAACGUAAAGCAAAGCUCCAACCCAUUGUGUAGUUUCCAAGUGCUUAAAACUCUCAACCCUUCUCGCCUCUUCUACUCUCUUCAUUUCUAUUUCUUUGCCACCUUCUCCACCUCUCUACAAUUCAACAUUCUCUUAAAAACAAAUCCUAAUCCUAAUCCUGCUUCCCGUUUUUUUUUUUUUUUGGCAGUUGCUUUUAUCAGUUUGAAGAGAUGGCUGAACCAGCGUACACCGUGGCAUCUGACAGCGAAACAACAGGGGAGGAGAAAUCUUCAUCUGCUUUUCCAGAAAUUGCAAUUGGAAUUGAUAUUGGAACUUCACAAUGCAGCGUCGCGGUCUGGAAUGGCUCACAAGUGGAGCUUCUGAAGAAUACUAGGAACCAGAAGUUAAUGCGUUCUUAUGUCACUUUCAAAGAUGAUAUUCCUUCAGGUGGAGUGACCUAUCAACUUUCUCAUGAGCAUGAAAUGUUAUCUGGAGCUGUUAUCUUCAACAUGAAGCGACUGAUUGGAAGGGUUGAUACCGACCCAGUUGUUCACUCAAGCAAAAGCCUUCCUUUUCUGGUUCAGACAUUGGACAUUGGUGUUCGUCCGUUUAUUGCAGCCUUGGUGAACAAUGUUUGGAGAUCCACUACGCCUGAAGAAGUUCUUGCUAUAUUUCUGGUUGAGUUAAGAGUCAUGGCCGAAUCUCAAUUGAAGCGGCCUAUAAGAAAUGUCGUUUUGUCCAUUCCAGUUUCAUUUAGUAGGUUUCAGUUGACUCGAAUUGAACGAGCUUGUGCUAUGGCUGGUCUUCAUGUUCUUAGAUUGAUGCCUGAACCAACAGCUGUGGCAUUACUAUAUGCACAGCAACAGCAGCAGAUGAUACAUGACAAUAUGGGCAGUGGAAGUGAAAAGAUCGCUCUCAUCUUUAAUAUGGGCGCUGGGUAUUGUGAUGCUGCUGUAACAGCUACAGCUGGGGGAGUUUCUCAGAUAAAAGCCUUAGCUGGAAUAGCAACUGGAGGAGAAGACUUCCUUCAGAACAUGAUGCGCCAUCUCUUGCCGAAUUUUGAUAACCUCUUCUCAAGCCGUGGAAUUAAUGAGAUCAAGUCGAUGGGGUUACUUCGAGUUGCAACUCAAGAUGCCAUACACAAGCUCUCUUUUGAAGAAAGUGUGCAACUUGAUGUAGAUUUGGGUAAUGGGUUGAGAAUAUGUAAGCAGGUGAGCCGGGAAGAAUUCGAAGGGGUAAACCAGAAGAUAUUUGAGACGUGUGAGAGUCUCAUAAUCCAGUGCUUACAUGAUGCAAAGGUAGAGGCAGAUGAUCUGACCGACGUAAUAGUUGUGGGCGGCUGUUCUCAUAUUCCAAAAAUAAAAAAUCUUGUCAAGAGUGUAUGUAAAAGAGAACUUUACAAAGGUAUGAACCCACUUGAAGCAGCAGUCUGCGGGACAGCUCUGGAGGGAGCAGUAGCUUCAGGCAUCAGUGAUCCUUUUGGCAACUUGGACCUCUUAACCAUUCAAGCCACACCUCUUGGAAUAGGGAUACGUGCUAAUGGGAAUUCAUUUGUGCCCAUUAUACCUAGAAACACUACAAUGCCUGCUCGCAAAGAACUGGUCUUCACAACUGUCAAUGAUAACCAGACUGAGGUAUUGAUAAUUGUCCAUGAGGGUGAAACAGAGAAGGCAGACGAGAAUCAUCUGCUUGGCUAUUUCAAGAUUAGUGGAAUUCCACCGGCACCUAAAGGAGUUCCAGAGAUAAAUGUCUGCAUGGAUAUUAAUGCAUCAAACGUGCUGAGAGUUUUGGCUGGAGUCAUAAUGCCGGGUUCUCAACAACCUGUUGUUCCCGUAAUGGAAGUAAGGAUGCCGACUGUUGAUGAUGGGCACGGUUGGUGUGCAGAAGCACUGCAUAGAGCAUAUGGGUCUACUCUAGACUUGAUGACUGUCCAGAAGAAAUAAAACUCGAUGCUCUCUUCAUCACAUUUUACUUGAAUGUUGUAUGUUUUUUUCUUCCAUUAGAGAAUCAGUCUUCAGCAACAGUUCGUUGUAAUGUGUUUUUUUCUUACUUGCAUAUAUAUAUAUGUAUAUGUAUAUAGUUGCAUGCGUGUGAGCUUGGUGUAAUGAAAUAAAGCAUAUAGCAGCAACUACUUUGGUGCUGUCUAUGAAUCUUAAAA